ACUAACGUUAGGAGGGCGCUGUUAGCUGCACCGUUAGCUAUCUCCAAAUCUCGAGAAGUAAGGAAAAUAAAAAAGUAACGGGGCUAAAGAAGAAGCUGUCGGUGAGCCAGGUCUUCACUGCGUUCACGCUGUCAUUGUUGACAGAUUUUCGGCACGUUUAUUCACUUCAGCUGUAGUUUAGCUCCAGUUAGCAGCAUACCAUCAUCUACAUCUGAAAUGUCGGAACAAAGACUAAGUGAAGCGCACGGGACCAAAGAAGAGGAGGACGAAAACACGGGAACUAACACUGGACCAGGUGGAGACACUGCAGAGGAGCCGCCAGAGGAGGACGGAGAGCCGGGGAGGGACGAGGAGGAGCCGCAGGCCGCCGGCUCGCCCCCAGAUAUGCUGGAGCCUGUGGAAGAAGCUGCAACUCAGGCGGAUUUGCCCGAUGAUGCUGUAGAGCCUAAAGAGCCCCAGAUAGCCCAAAUGGCAGAAAAUGUUGGAAACUCUACAGCUACAGUGAAGGUGGUGCUAGUGCCGGAGGGUCAUGUCAUGACUGUGGCUUUUGCCAUCGGUCUCAGCAUUCAGGAGUUGAAGUGUCACCUUGCCUCAGAGCUCAGAGUCCCUGUGGAGGUGCUGCAGAUCUCUCUGGAUGGCAGAGUGGUGGAGGAGCAGCAGAGCCUGAUGGAGCUCGGUGUCCGGCCUCACAGCUCCACCCGGAUGGAGAUGAGCUCCACUGACCCGAGCUCCCACCCACUCCACCCUCUUCGGCCCCAAGAGCAUGACAGCAUGAGGGACGUUAUUACUGUUGAAGUCAUCACAGAUGAAGGCUUGUUCCAGGAGGUGGUGGUGGAGAUUGAGCGCCCUCGCCAGCAGAAGGCCUUCCUGGGUGGCUACAGGCACCGGCUGACAGGAGUAGAGUACCAUCAUGCUGCCAUUCAGACCCUGCCCAAGAGGAGACCUGACAGAGGAGUGGUCACCUUCAGCCGCGACACACAAACAGUACAGCUGAAGUCUCAGGCUCAGCAAUGUCCAGUCAGCGUCUCCACUCAGAUGACUGGGAUCGGCUGUUACAUCUCCUGCAUGAAUGACAAGCUGGUCACUCCCGGGAAGUACACCACUGCUGACGAGUACCAUGACAGGAGGCUGAGAGCUGUGAUCUGUCUGCAAUCAUUUACUCGUCGCUGGCUGGCCCAGCAGGCAGUGGACAGGCUGAAGAAGGAGCGACAGCGGCGACUGACCUGGCUGCAGAUGCAGGAGAGGAAGAGGAGAGAGGAGAAGGAGGAGCAGCUGAGAGACCGCCGUCAGCGCUGGAUGAACCCAGAGAGGAGGGAGGACCUCAACCUGCUGUACCACGCUCUAGAGAAGUGGAGGAGAGAGGAGGAGCAGCAGAUCAACUCAUCCCUGCGAGGAGCUGAGAGGAAGGCAGCUCUGUGCUCGCUGCUAGAGCAGGAGACAGAGCUUAUCGCCACCAUCGGACGCCAUCACAUCACCUUCCAGAACAACAACUACGACGAAAUCGUCCAGCACCUCCUGGACAAGUCUGCAGCCCCUCAUCAGUGGCGAGCAGCAGAUGGUCGUCUGAUUGAGAUGGACAAUCAACACACCAUCAGAGCCAGAGAGCUCCGAGAUCUCUACAGCAACAUCAACCUGUUCACUGUCAGCCAGGAGCAGAGAAGCCACGUCCUGAUGACACUUAAACGCACCGUCAACGAGCACAAGUGCCUGCUGACCCGAGACAUUGUGGAUUUGAUAGACAGGGAGGUAGAUCUGAUGAAACGAGGAGUUACGACAAGAAAUCUAGAGGGGUUGAGGAAGAGGAUCUGUACUCUGUUCCUCCAGUACAUCAAAACACCAGCGUUCAACCCUGCAGUGGCCAAGCUGCUGAAGGUUCCACAGAAUCCUUCAGAGCUGAAUAAGGAUGUGUUCCUCUGCCGUUCCUGCCAUCGUUACCUGCGCUCUACCAAUUUCAUUGCAUUUGCCAGAGGUCUGACCGCUCGCUGCAAGGACUGCACCAGACUCAACAAUAUAGCUAGACCACGCAAUGAAUUCUCUUGCUACCAGAACAUCCUGAGGAGGCUGAGAGCUGAUGAACAGCAGCUCAACAAGGAAUCCAAGAUCCCCUUCCUGCUGCAGGUGGAGGACAUUCGGUACCUGAUAGAGGUGGUCUGGUUGUCUCAGUCAGCCCUCAAUGCCAGCAGUGACCUCUACAAUCUGGUGCUUGUUCGCUGGGUGCACCAAAGGGACUGGAGCCCUUGGAACUGCAUACUGCUGUCAAAAGAGGAGACUUCUGCUCACUUGGAGGUAGAGGAUGUCGACAAGGCUUACGAGACGACAUUCAUCCACAAGGUUAAACAUAAACAUAGACUAGCUCAACGCUACUUCAGCCAGAUAUCCACCAUGGCUGAGUACCUGGACUCUCAGCCAGCUGCUGCGCUGAGCAACCAACUCCUCUCCAAGCCCAUCACCAUGGCGACACACAGACUUGCCACUGAUCCUUCACCAGACUCUGCUCAUUGAGAAACACAUUGUGGGGUUUUCUUUCUUCUGUAAUGGUUUCCUCUUAUUGCCUGUAACUUUCUACAAACAUUCCGAAUGAAGACUUGAAUAUAAUUUGUUCUCUUUUAUGGCAGCUGUCUUUUCUUUUUCAAACAAAUGCCAUUUAAAUGUGUCAAAUUCAAAUAAUCACAGAUAAGGAGUGCUGUAUGGAAGCAAAUCAGACUCAUCAGAUUCUGAAUUUUAAAAGCUGCUGAAUUUCUUACUUUUGAAUUUUUUUGCAUCAAAAUUAUGUAUGUGAAUUUUUUAUGCCUGAAUUUAGCUCAUUAAAAUUCUAAAAACCGGUUAAAAAUUCAAUGUCUUCAAAAUUCGCCAUCAAAAAAAUUCAAUGUCUUCAAAAUUCGCCAUCAAAAAAAUUCGAUGUUCAAAAUUCGCCAUCAAAAAAUUCAAUGUUCAAAAUUCGCCAUCAAAAAAUUCAAUGUACAAAAUUCGCUGUUCACAUCCAGGGGACUCAGGCGUAAACAAUCGAUCCUGGCCAAAAUCGAACCAAUGCCCAGCCAAUCACGUGGCGCUCCUCCGGUCAUGUGAUGCAGACGGUUGACCUCACAAGACCGGGGUCAACCACGGCUACCAGCAUGAACGACAGGGCUUCAGUGAGUGUAUUAAUCCUUUUUGUCCUGUAUGUGGUUUGUUUUUGUGAGUCAAUAAUCUGUAAUGCAUGCCGUUAGCUGCGCUAGCACAGCGAUAGCCGCGCUAAUACAGCGCUAGUACAGCGUUAGCCGCGGUAAUACAGAGCUAGCCACGCUAAUUCAGCGUUAGCCGCGGUAAUACAGAGCUAGCCACGCUAAUUCAGCGUUAGCCGCGCUAGCACAGUAGUAAGGUCACACAGACAGCACGUUCUGCAGCUGGGUAGUUGAGUAACAAUUUUAUAAACGCACAAAUGGGUGGAAGUGUGAUUUAUGCGCCCGAAAAUGCAGUUAAGUCACAGAGCAGUGUAAAGAAACUGGUCACCUAGCAAACUGAAUUAGUCUAGGUAACACUUUGUUUAUUAUGUGUGUUUUCUGCUCAAGCUAAUGUCCUGGUUUGAUUCAUUUUAAAUUACUCCUGAUCUUGAAAGGUUUUAAACUGUGCAGUCAAAGUAGUUACAACUGUGAGCGAAUAGCUUGAAAUGAACUGCCCUAGACUGCUCUGUUCAUAGCCCACCAUUCUUUCACAGCAUGCUAUAUCAAGAGUUAUUGUGCAAUGAUAGAUAAAUGCAGCCCAUUUUUUCAACUGUUUCCUGUUUGGUAUACGUACCCUAGAUUGUUUUUGAUAAUUUGUUGUAGCCAUUUAUUUAAUCCAUUUUAGUCCACUCCAUAGCAACACCGUCUGAACUGACCAGUCUGGUGAAAUUCUGGACUGGAUGGGAGACUCUAUCAAGAACUCUCUCCACAGAAGUAGUGAAUGGCAGAUACCUGACAGCCUCCACCUUGAGACCUUACACAUUCCAGGACAUUACAAGGACUACACAUCAUUUAAGACUGACAUCCUGGCCUGUAUUUGCGCUUGCCAGUCAAGAUAUGUUAUGUGUUGUUCUCUAGUUAGUUUUACUUGACUGACAAAACUAAGCGCACUUUUGGAUUCCCUCCCCUACCUGUUCUCCCAACUCACCUGACAGGUUAUCUGGCUCAAGUAUGCGUGUUUCUGCCAUACAUUUAAAGUAUCUGAAGUUAAGAAUAUUUCUGGUGAACAAUACAUGCAAUCACAGCAUUAAAGCAGAAGUUAAAAAUGAACUGGACUGUACUGACUUUAU